AUGUCCACUUUACAUUUAACCAAUUCACCAACAGAAGUAGGCUGUUCAAUUCCUCCAAACACACCACAUGCUAUAUCAGUAAAUUUACCAAAUUGGCAAGAUAACGUUGAUUAUGAAGAAGGUCAAUAUAAUCACCCUCCACCCAUCACAUUACUAUCCCCACUAAAAACUUUAGUUAAACUAGAAACCAAAAUAUCAACCCAUUGUAAUACUUCAACAUUAACAAAAUUUCCAAUUGUUUCAUCUAAAACAAUUAGAAAAUCAUAUUUGUCUGCAAGUGCUCGAAGUCUUUUUAGAUCUGGUGAUUUUAAUAGAGGAUUUGAUGGGAAUUCACAAAAUAAAGUAGGCUGUUCAAUUCCUCCAAACACACCACAUGCUAUAUCAGUAAAUUUACCAAAUUGGCAAGAUAACGUUGAUUAUGAAGAAGGUCAUGAAAGAUUAAUUUCUCGGUUAUCAACUGGAUAUCCAAGAUUUUUCAUACAUAAUCAAAUAAAAAAAUUAAUUUCAAUAUGCGAACAAAAAUUUGCAAAACCAACAGAAUCAUGUUUAUUGUUUCCCAGUCGUAAAGUAGCUCAACGUUGUAAAAAUUUUAUUCAAAUGAAUUACAAGUCAUCAUCAUUAACGUCAUCGAACGUACGCCUAGCAGAAAUUACAAUUAUACCACCAGAACAAAUCAAAUCAUCAUCAUUUCAACAAGGUAUUAAAACAUUACAUGUUGUAUUGUUUCCAAAAGAUGCAUUUAAAAUUGGAAAAUCAUACUGGCAACAUACAGGAGAAGGUAUAACUUCAAGAAUGGCAGAAUAUGUUUUAUACAUUAUGCAAAUAAAAAAAGAUGAGCAAAAAUAUUCGGAUUGUGGUGAUGGCGAUGAAACUGUUCGUAAAAGACGUCCAUCAUUUCAAAAUCAUGAAUCAAAGCUAUCCAAACAAUCAGUUGUAGUUGAAGAGAAUUAUUAUGUAGAAGAACGUUAUGGUCGAAAUCUCCCAGUAUUAUUUGCUGAUAAAGCAAAGUUAGCAUUGAAACGUAGAAUUGCAGGAGUUCUUGAUAUUGAAUCGAAUAAAAACAAUGAUUUGGAUGAUGUUAUAUCAAAACCUAUCGAGCCAAAUGCUUCUUUAACAGCACGUGGUGUUAAAGGUGUCACGGAAGAUGACGUGUUUCUUUUUCCAUGUGGAAUGGCUUCUAUUUUUCACGCUCAUCGUUAUUUAUUGCAAGCUUUCCCACCAAAAAAAAGGUGUUAUUUUUAUGGCAAUGGAACUUCAGAAGAUAUAGACGAGAUUGAGAAAUUAUUGGAGUCUGGUGAUGAGCAAAUCCUUGGACUAUUUUGUGAAUUCCCAUCAAAUCCUCUAUUAAAAUCACCAGAUCUAAAAAGACUUCGAGCACUUGCAGACAAAUAUGAUUUUCUAAUUGUUUUAGAUGAAACAAUUGGAAAUUUUGUUAAUGUUGAAGUAUUACAAUGGGUUGAUAUUUUGGUUUCUAGUUUAACUAAAGUUUUUAGUGGGGAUAGUAAUGUGAUGGGUGGAGGACUUAUCAUUAAUCCUCAAAGAAAACAUUAUCAGAAAUUGAAACAAGUUAUAAAAGAUGAUUACGAAGACCUUGUUUGGAGUGAAGAUGCCGUUUUUCUAGAGCGUAAUUCAAGAACAUUUAGAGAACGUAUUAUAAAGAUAAACGAGAAUGCAGAAAAACUAUGUGAUUUUUUAAUCAAAAGUCCCAAAGUGAAAAAAUUAUAUUAUCCAAAAUACAUUACACCCGAUAUUUAUAAUCAAUAUAAAAGAAAAAAUGGUGGUUACGGAGGAUUAUUUUCGGUGACAUUCCAUUCUGAACUUGCAUCAAAACAAUUCUUUGAUGCCAUACCUAUAGCAAAAGGACCAUCACUUGGUACCAAUUUUACAUUGGCAUGUCCAUACACGAUUCUAGCACAUUAUUUAGAAUUAGACUGGGCAUCGAAAUAUGGAGUUGAAGCAGGAUUAAUUAGAAUUAGUGUUGGUUUGGAGGAUAUUGAUGUUUUGUUGGCUGGAAUGCAAAAAGGACUUGAUGCCAUAAGUGAUUGA